AAAGUAUGGAAGAUAUUCACUACCGCCCGAUCUCCACAGGGCCAGCCAGGCUAUUAUAUGAGAUCUUCUACAUAUGAAAUCAACCAGCCUCUCAACCUCUUUAGCCCGUUCAGGAGAACUCUAUGUGGGCUCGACAAGCUGACAAGCCUGCUGGUCUAAACGCUUGGUAUCUGGGAGAGCUCUAUGUGUGAUAUUAUUGCCCAGGGACCAUCCAUAUCAAAGAGUGGACUGGCUGGUCUGCCUUAAUUUUUCAUGCCCUUUACAAAGACCGGCUCUCCCCACAUCGCAAUGGUCCCUGUCCCUCUUGUCACUGCUUGCUCCUUUUUUCUUUGCUUUUUCUCUUGAGCAAGGACUAAGUCCUUGAACGGUUUUAUUUCUCGCUCGUCAUAAUAGAAAACCGGACUGUAUAUAUGUAUAUGGCAACGCAUCUCCAUCUCCGUUACUGACUUCUUCCUCUCUUCUUCCUCUUUCAAUACAUCAACACAACGCCGGCUCUCAUAAUACUCUCAAAAAACAACACAUACACACCACGCAGCCAGACUCAAGAUACACAACGAAAAGAUGUUUCAGCAAGGCUCGGGUUAUCUUGCUGCUGCUGCAUACCCUUACUCAGACACCUUUGAUCAGGAUAUCAUCGCGUCGAGACAAGCUUUGCAAUCUACUGCCAGAACAAUCAGUGCUGAGUCCAGCUCCCGUCUUGCAAGUAUGGCUCAUCACUCGCCAGAACAUACCAUGUUAGCACUAUCAAACAGACCUGAAGUCCACCGGAAUGCUUCGAUAAGCGCUGCUAGGUUGUCUCGUCCUGCCUACUCUUCACCAAAUACCCCCUUUUAUCACCAGCAGUGCGCAUAUCAGCCGGCUUCUGUGCCUGCUACGAAUAUGGCUGCUUCCUCAUAUUUCCCAGGAAACCAGCAGCCACAGUUCUCUCAAGAGCAAACAGUCUCCUCAAACUACGUUUACUCUUCCGCUGAUCAGUCAUUGUCCUCAUUCGGCCAGUACCAAAUGACACCGGAUGGCUAUUACGACACUUACUUUCCUACUUCAGCCAUGCCCAUGGUCUACACUCAACAACAAGAUGUAGACAUGACCUCAUCUACUUACGACGCCACGCCACUUUCUCACGCCCACCUCUCUCUACCAGCAAUGGAAAGCAAUACCGCCUUCUCUACUCCUGAUUUGCCCGCCAAUCAACAAUUUCCUGAGCCAAAAACCCCGCCUCCACCAACCUCGUCAAACUCUUCCUGCGAAAGUGUCCGAGAUGAAGAUGAUCUGGUCGGGGUUGGACUUUAUGACGAGCCACUGUCUACCUCCUACUGGGACGAAUCGCUAUCCAGCUCAGUCGACCCGAUCCUAUAUCCUUAUCCAGCUGCACGCAAAGGUUUGAAGCUAGAAGAAACUCUCGACCCAUCAACUUUAAACUGCAGUGAUAUGGACGCAGAUGGCGACGAAGAGGAGGAAGGAGACGAACAACCUCAGAAGGAACAACCUGUCAAGGAUUCUGGUGAACUCGGCAAUGCAAAUGACCUGAACACUUCAAAAGAAGGCCAGUUGUUCCCGGUGGACGAUGAUACUUCAUACAGUAGCGCCCAGGUGAACUGGACAGCAGCGCCUCCAGUUAUGCUCAAUAGUUAUGCUGCAUUCCCUAGAUCGUACCAAAACGUCUUUCCUACUAUUUAUUGAGACCCAAACUUGCGAGACCAAUCAGAUCGGCUAGGACGCUCUUGUUGCAAAUUAUUUAUCAACAUUCUUAGGUAGACAGAUACUUUACGCCGUAUUAAUACUACUCUUGGUCUCUAUUUCUCUCUUCUGAACAUAGCAAACUCGCCAUCAAGAACCAUGAAGUCGAUUAUUUGCAAAUUCAAUUGAUAGCCCUAUGUCGGAUUAGUCAUAUUUUAAUUAAUUUUCAUUGGUUAAGUUCUAUCAAGCUUUUAAGCUUGAGCUAAACUUUAUUUUUUCCAAAAAAAC